CAGCUGUUAUGAAGGAGGUCUCAGUUAUGAAUGUGACCCCCUAUUUACGCUCUGCCUGGGACGCCCAACAAGGUAAGCUAUGAGUAUAAAUGAGAAGGUGAGUAUUUAAGAUUUUUAUUUUCUUUUAAAAAGGAGUCGGGAAUUAUUAUUAUUUAAACUUGGGGAAAUAAUAUUUUAGGCAAAGGUAACAAGAAGUGAUUGGAAAUAAAAUAAAAUAUAAUUUUAACACGGAGUGAGCCAUCUUGGAGAAUGUUGAUUUGAAGUCAUCAUUGAUUCCUUCUUAACUUAAAAAGCCCGAUUAAAAAGACCUAAAAUUCCAAUUAAAUUGUUUAAGCGAUUAGAGGGACGAGUAGAAAAAAGUGUUUGCACAAGGCCUUUACAAAAUUAACGUGACCCUAAUGCCGGGGUUGUCUGGCCUUAAUGCUGGGAUUUGAGUGGAUCCCAAAUGGCGGUCCGUGGACCUUCACCGGUCCGCAUACCUAACGCUGCCGGUCCCCAUAACAUAAAUAUUUAUUGUCAAAUAGAAAUAAAAGUAUAAAAGUAAAUCAUGCACCGGUCCCAGGUAAAAUUUCGAAACUUGUUCACCGGUCCGCCCAACUUAAACGUUUGGGAACCACUGCUCUACGUUGUCUAGGAGUAGGUCCCCACCGUAUGGCCCCAGAAAACAUUUUAAGAGUCUAAAACUUUGUGCUGUCUACUAGCCCCUGGAAUUUUGAUGUGUAGUGUGUAGUCAAAUAAUCACCAGAUUGUUCAAGGUUAAAGUUUCUUUAUUUAUUUAUAUACUGUGUCAAACAAAAGUCCACAAAAAUGCCCCACAAGUUAUUAUUGGGGUUCACAAUAGAAAUGUAUGUGUCCCAGAAAGAAUAUCCGCUGAAAAAAAUUAAGAAGCACUCCACUACUAAAAAUACAAAGAUUUACCCCUAGCAAAAUCAUUAAGUUUCUCUCGUAUUUAAAUUAAAAUUCGUCUCUCCUAUCACAAACAAUAUAACUUCCUACAUCACUCAAUAGUGUUCCUUUUCUCUCACAAUAUGUGCAUAACUUUUAUACCUCGAGUUACGAGCAACACUCAGACGAGGCCAUGCGUGGCUGCAGGGAUGUCAUUUGGUGGGAUUGGGGGGGGGGCAUUGCCUUCCUUAAUGUUCAGGUGUUAUUUAAAUUGGAAAGUACUGUUGCGCCUCUAGUAAUAAACAACUGAAAAAGCCUGCCAAAUUUUGGUGCCCCCCCCCCACACACUCCCCGAUAACCCUGAAAUGACGGCCCUGCGUGGCUAUUCUAAAUGCGCGAUUAAAGAGACUCUAACAACAUGCAAAAAAAACUACCAUCAUUCACCCACAUAACAUCCCAGACAUCACGGCCCGACAAAGGUGACCUAUGGGCUUCCGAUGUAACACAGGUCUUUCAGGUUAACUGUUCUAUAUUAUUUUUUCAUCAAUUUUAACCCUGCAAUCCCCUGCAAUCCCCUCAACCCCCCCCCCCCCAACAGUGACACGUGCUCGUAUGGAACUGCUAAAGCAACCAAAGACUUUCACAAUACGAACUACAUCAACAUGGCCAGCUUGUCAGAUAUUAAUGGCAUUCCAAACCCUUGGAUUGUCUACAUUUCUUAUCUUACGGUAAGUCCAGUAGGCGCCAAAAUGACCAGUACAAAAACACCUGCUCCUUGAACCCGUAUGGCGUUUGUCGAGGGUGCUUGACACAAGUCGUGAAUAAAAAAAAUAUUUUUAGAAAACUUUUUUUAAAACUUACUAAAAAGUAGAAAAUAAUUGAGACGUUCUUAAAAUGCAUUAGGCAAAGAAAGACUGUCCAGAAGUGUGUCGCCAAAGGAUUCGAUUUGAAUAUAAAAGAAUCCUAAAUGUUUUUUUUUUUUUUUUUUACAAAUUUUUGAAAGUAUUUCCCGCCAAUAGUUUUUUUGUUGUUGGCGUUUUGCCUUUUAAGAGAUGUUAAUUAUCUUUCUGAAGACUCCCUAAUUGCGUUGGCCAAAUUUGAAUAUAAAAAAAUCCUAAAUGUUUUUUUUUUUUUUUUUACAAAUUUUUGAAAGUAUUUCCCGCACAUAGUUUUUUUGUUGUUGGCGUUUUGCCUUUUAAGAGAUGUUAAUUAUCAUUCUGAAGACUCCCUAAUUGCGUUGGCCACUACGAUGAAACAUCUCGGGGCAGUCUCUCGUGGCACCUUCGGUCGGAGGGGGGGGGGGCGGUACGGCUCGAGUCAUUUUUGCCAUUUCUUCAGAAUAAUCAUAAGUAACAAUUUACAGCCUGACUGUGUUACUGGAGCCAUCAUUUGAAAUCUCUCUCGAACUGGAUCUGCCCUUUAAUUUUUUUCAUUUAAAAUAAACGUUUUUUUAAUACGUAUGUUUUUGUUUUACGGAUGAGCGGAAAUAAUGCCGAGCAAUGAAUGGUGUUUCCUUCGUGGCGAGAGAUCUUCCAACUAACAGAGCCCCGAAAUAUCUACAUUUCCACUACCGAGAAUACACGGCAGCUUGGACGAAUCAACUUUGAUAAACGCAUGACGCGAUCUAGAAGUGGACAUUUCAGUUCUGUUAAUUUUGGCGCAUACUGUAUAUGUGUUACGUGUACAUUUUAUUAUAAAGUGUGUUAUUCACACUUACUUUGUUGUGUUUUUUUUAAAGUGAGCUUAGGGGCGGGGAUCGUUCUAAAACUAAAGUCAUUGUCAUUUUCCUUACACCAUCUGAUGUAAUUUACUGAAGGGGGUCCUAAUAAAAACUCUAUUUCAAAAACGGACUUUAGAUAAGUUAAUUAAGGAAGGUGACGUGGUUUUUAAAUGUAUAUCAAUCAUAAAUAAACAUUACGUCAUCUUUGAAUUUACUCAAUAGAACAGGCCUGCAUAACAUAUGGCCAACGGGCCUGCACAACAUAUGGCCAACAGGCCUGCACAACAUAAGGCCAACGGGCCUGCACAACAUAUGGCCAACAGGCCUGCACAACAUAUGGCCAACAGGCCUGCACAACAUAUGGCCAACAGGCCUGCAUAACAUAUGGCCAACAGGCCUGCACAACAUAUGGCCAACAGGCCUGCAUAACAUAUGGCCAACGGGCCCGCCAGCACCCACUUGGCUCCCCGAGAAGCAACGAAAUAUUAUUUAUUCUUAUUAUUUUCUUAAUAUCUUCCCACCUGUCCUAUUUUCUUGUGGCUCGCACAAGUUUUUCAUAAAGUAUUACAGCCCGCCUUACAUUUUGAUUUGUGCAGGCCUGCACUAGAAUCUAAAAUAAUUAGUAUUGUAACCGACCAAGACUCUUAAAAUGUUACAAACACGCAGGCGAUACUUGAACAUCGAUUGAAUGCAGGCCUUGAUUUAAUGCCGACAUUAAUGUAACAUUGAUCCAAAUCACAAUAGCAAGUAUAACAAGGCUCAGUUGGCUUCAAUUGUUUCAAAUACAUAUUUUUUUUUUAAAAUAAUUUAUUUUCAAAUGAAAAACAACUCAGAACCCUAACCUCCAUGUUACUAGCCAUUUAGUUUAGUCAUUUUUAAAUGAACAGUCUGUCAAUCUAUCGAUAUUCAUCUCUGCUAGCAGUCAGCAAGGUGUACAUGCGCUUGUACACUGACAUGAUUAAGUUCUGAAGUAGUUCUGAAGGAACUUCUGAAGAGGUUUUGAUGAAGUAAAUAUGUGCUCAGCGGCUUUUGAUUCUUUAGAGUUAUAUCUCUUUAACAGGAGCCUUCGGUACGACUCACGAUAACAGUGGAGGAUGCUGACCCCGGUUUCGAUGAUUACAUGGCCUCCUUUGUUAUAAAUUUGUCAGUCCCCUCGGUGUCUACUAAUGCAUGGUCAACAUAUGAGCUAACAGAACAAAUUUCAUACCGGUGAGACCAUUGACAUACCUUGAGUGACCUCCAUUUGGACAUUUGAAAUCUCAGCAUUACAAUGUGAAAAUAGUAUAUGGGAGAAAUGUAGAAACAUCUCUCUCAUCGCUUUCUCUCUCUUUCUUUCUUUCUUUCUUUCUCACACUCUCUCUGUUCUCUUUCUUGUGUCUUUCUCCCCUCUAUAUCUUGCUUUCUUUAUCUCUCUUUCCUUACUUCUUACUUCUUUCGAUCUCUCUUUCUCUCUUUUUCUUUCUUUCUCUCGCUCAUUAUUUCUUUCUCUCCACCUUUCUUUCUGUCUUUCUCUCUCUCUUUCAAGGAAUCUUUUCUAUAUUUUCUCGAUCUCUCUCUCUCUCUUUCUAUUCCUCUCUUUAACUCUUUCAUUCCCUUUCUCUCUUUUUUCAUUCUUUCUCUCUCUCUUUCUGUCUUUCAUUUCCGUUCCCUUUCUUUCUUGUUCUCUUUCAAUUUUCUCUCUCUCUGUUUCUUUAAUUCUGUUUCUUUAAUUCUGUUUCUUUAAUUCUGUUUCUUUAAUUCUGUUUCUUUAAUUCUGUUUCUUUAAUUCUGUUUCUUUAAUUCUGUUUCUUUAAUUCUGUUUCUUUAAUUCUGUUUCUUUAAUUCUGUUUCUUUAAUUCUGUUUCUUUAAUUCUGUUUCUUUAAUUCUGUUUCUUUAAUUCUGUUUCUUUAAUUCUGUUUCUUUAAUUCUGUUUCUUUAAUUCUGUUUCUUUAAUUCUGUUUCUUUAAUUCUGUUUCUUUAAUUCUGUUUCUUUAAUUCUGUUUCUUUAAUUCUGUUUCUUUAAUUCUCUUUCUUUAAUUCUCUUUCUUUAAUUCUCUUUCUUUAAUUCUUUCUUUCUUUAAUUCUUUCUUUCUUUAAUUCUUUCUUUCUUUAAUUCUUUCUUUCUUUAAUUCUUUCUUUCUUUAAUUCUUUCUUUCUUUAAUUUUUUCUUUCUUUAAUUCUUUCUUUCUUUAAUUCUUUCUUUCUUUAAUUCUUUCUUUCUUUAAUUCUUUCUUUAUUUAAUUCUUUCUUUUUUUAAUUCUUUCUUUAUUUAAUUCUUUCUUUCUUUAAUUCUUUCUUUCUUUAAUUCUUUCUUUAUUUAAUUCUUUCUUUAUUUAAUUCUUUCUUUAUUUAAUUCUUUCUUUAUUUAAUUCUUUCUUUAUUUAAUUCUUUCUUUAUUUAAUUCUUUCUUUAUUUAAUUCUUUCUUUCUUUAAUUCUUUCUUUCUUUAAUUCUUUCUUUCUUUAAUUCUUUCUUUCUUUAAUUCUUUCUUUCUUUAAUUCUUUCUUUAAUUCUUUCUUUCUUUAAUUCUUUCUUUCUUUAAUUCUUUCUUUCUUUCUUUCAUUCUUUCUUUCUUUAAUUCUUUCUUUCUUUCUUUAAUUCUUUCUUUCUUUAAUUCUUUCUUUCUUUAAUUCUUUCUUUCUUUCAUUCUUUCUUUCUUUAACUCUUUCUUUCUUUAAUUAUUUCUUUCUUUAAUUCUUUCUUUCUUUCUCUCGCUCUCUUUUUCUUAUAUUCUCUCUAUCUCUCUCUUUCUUAUAGAGAAUAUAAGAAAUAGAGAGAGAGAUAGAGAAUAUCUCUCUCUCUCUUUCUUAUAUUCUCUCUCUUCCUCCCCCCCCCAUCUCUCUUUUACACUCUCUUUCUUUAUCUUUCUAUCUCCUUUCGCGUAAACAAAUAAAUCCACUUUAUAUUUAUAAUCCUAUUAGUCCGGACUCAUCACAAACACAAAAAAGUUUUUUUUUUAAUUAUUAAAAUACUUUGAACUUGUAUUACAAAACUUGAAACGCAUUGACACAAAUGUUCAACUAUUAACAUUAGACCCACAAUUGUUAUAUUUCUUAUCAAAAGUAUUUUAUAUUCUUCUGUGCAUUCUUUAAUAUCUCAUUUGUUAUGUGAAUUUGUUGCAUGCACUCUCAGCGCCUUAUCAACUGCUCACCCACUUUAAAAAAUGAUUUUAUAUAUUUUAUUUCAUAUCACGAAAAGAAAAUAUCUUAUAAUCCCGCGCAUCAAACCAACAUCUCACAACCUUUUUUCCUGACAUCUACCACACCCUCAACCCGUUCUUCAUCCCCCAAACCUCACUCGUCAUCGCUCCCACAACCUCAGUCUCAUUCUUUCAACCCUCCAGUCUCUCUUUUUUUACCCAUUCGCCCUUUUUUCACUUUCUCUACACCCCCCCCCGGCCCUUCAAAGCCCCCCAUGUGUGGUUACGUUGCAAAAUGGAUUUUCUAUUCGUGGUCUACAAUGUAUGGGCACAAGGGGGCUCAGAGUUAUUUUAGGUGGUUUUUUUUUUUUUUUUUUUGUAGUGGCAACUGUAGACGUUACAGGAGUGGCUUGGUGCAGCAAGGGUUAAUGAGACAGACAGAUUUGGUCAAGUCUGCAAUUUUAUAUUUCAAAUCCACUUUAUAAUACAGGGUAGAAAGUCUAAAAAGCCAAUAUCUAAAGUUGAAACUAUAGUAUGGAAAUACACUAUAUACAUUCGAGCACAACAACCUUUGAUAUCAAAAUGACAUUACAAAGCCAUUCCGAUCGUAGCAGCAUGCAUAAUUGGAAUACAUUUCCGUUUAUUUUCUUAUCUUCUGCAGAAUCAGCUUUCAGUACAGGUUUGUUUGUGAUCUUAAUUACUAUGGUCAGCUUUGCGAUAAAUAUUGCAUACUCCAAAACAAGUCUGGUGGACAUUACUGGUGUGAGGCUGGGACAGGGAAGAAGAUAUGUCUGGAAGGUGUGAACCAAUCUAUUUAACUCCAGCAAUCAGUUUUGAAAACGAAAAGAUUAAUGAAUAUUAUAUGUUAUUAUAGCUCAAUUUAAAGACUUAUGAAUGUUAUGUGUUUUUAUAGCACAAUUUAAAGAUUUGUGAAUAUGACGUGUUUUUAUAGCACAAUCGAAAGAUUUAUGAGUAUUGUGUGUUUUUAUAGCACAAUUUACUGGCUCUUACUGCCUUGCGAUUUAAAAAGGAAAUAUUUUUUAUAUUAAUUAUGUUCAUGCUUGUAUCAACUUGUCAACAACAAAAAUUAUCAAACUGUUUUUAUAUAGCAUCAAUCAAUUUAAACAUUGUACCCAAAAAUGGUAUUUCUGUAGAUAAAGCUUUAAGCAAUUUAAGAUGAGUAUUGUGUCAUCGUUGACUUCAACUGGAAUUAAUGAUGAAUUGAAGUGUUUCAACUUGUCUCCUGUGUAGGAUGGAAGGGCAGUAAUUGUGCAGAGGACGUGGACGAGUGUGCGCAAGGUUACUGCGCCAAGGGAACAUGUCAAAAUCUAC